AUGACGGAGUAUCUCGUCGGACUACGGGUGAUCAAGCCUGGUGGACAAGAAUGGCAGUUCAAGCCAGUACCGAGCGAGCUUUCAGAGGCUGAGACAGGCUUCACGACCAGUUUGAGAAAGUUCUCGGCAAAGUUCAAAGUCAGCAACUAUGGAAAAGUCGCUGCUGAAUGUGAUACACCGACGGGAACUAGAGGAUAUCUGAUUUUGCCGGGCCAAGAGCCUCGGCGGAUUGCAGGCGGGAAAGGCAAUGUGACGAUCAACGCCUGA